AUGUUAGAUAACGCGGGCAUCACCGACCCAACUACACAGCUGCAAAUUAAUAUUGUUCUCACUGCCUGGUGUUUUGUCAUCGCAUGUCUCGGAACCUGGCUAGUGAAUGAGGCUGGUCGAAAGGCCAUGUGUCUGAUUUCCGUGGUCGGAAUGACAAUCGUCUUAUUUCCAGUCGGGGCAUUGACUAAAUUAUACGGCGGUAGCGGGAGCACUUCUGGCAUCUACGGCACUGUGGCGACUGUGUUUUUGUUUCAAGGCAGCUACGCAAUCGGGAUCACGCCUCUUACCCUUCUUUAUCCCCCGGAAGUCUUGAACUUCUCUGUCCGAAGUAACGGUAUGGCAGCGUGGACGGUUGCUGUCACAUGUGGCGGUGUGUUUGUAUGGCCAUUGGCUCUUGAAGCAAUUGGUUGGAAAGCUUAUAUUAUCAACGCGUCCUGGAACGUUAUCCAGUUUGUUUUCGUGGCUUACUUCUGGAUUGAGACUAAGGGACUGACGCUCGAGCAAAUCGACGCUAAAUUUGAGAAGAUAAAUCCCUAUCAACUGCAAGGUAUUGAAGGUGUCAGUCUUGAAAACGAUACGACUGAUAAUAUGAAGCUCUAUCGUGCGAAAAGUGAUGAUGGACUCGUUAAGAUCGAAGCGAGAGUCGCGGGAGAAGACUUGUAA